UCUAUAGUAUGGACACUGUGGUCACCUCAAGUUGUCAAAAUGUCGGUCAAUGCACAAGUGCAUCUCGAUAAAAAUGAAAAUAAUAAAAAGAAUGAUAAAGCCCUAAAACCCUUAUUUCCGAAACAAGCAGAGUGUUCAUAUGUGUCUUGUUAUUGUGAAGAGAAUGUUUGGAAACUAUGUCAGGACGUAUCGAUACGGAUUCCGGGAGAGCUGGAUAGAUGCUAUGUUGUGUUUAUAUCGAACCCUUGCCGCACCGUGCCUCUGUGGAAACAAAGGGCUGGGCGCGAGGAGGACCGCCUCGUCAUAUGGGACUACCAUGUUAUAUUUUUGUACUCAGUGGAUAGCAAGACAUGUCUAGUUUACGACUUGGACUCCGAACUUCCAUUUCCAACUUUCUUUCACAAAUAUGUGACAGAAACCUUUCGUACUGAUCAAGUUUUAAAAUCAGAUUUUCACAGAUUCUUCCGUGUAGUUCCUGCAAAACAAUUCCUGCAACAUUUUGCUUCAGACAGGCGCCAUAUGAAGAGACCUGAUGGCUCAUGGAUUAAACCACCCCCUCCAUAUCCUGCUGUCUGUACUUCAACUGCAACUCACAAUUUAGAUGAGUACAUCAACAUGGACCCUGAAACUGGUCCAGGUCAAGUUUUCAACCUCACCGAUUAUGUACAACGAUUCUAUAAAAAAGACAAGUAGUACAAAUUAUGUCAGUUAGUUAGUCUAAAUAUUGUUUUAAGUUCCAACAUCAUAACAUUGUGUUGUGGUUUAUUUAUUUAGUUGAUUAUGUUUUAAUAAUCUAUGUUAAUUGUUAUAUUCUACCACCU